AUGGUAGAUAACGGCGAUGUAUGCGUACAGCCGGCUGAGGGCAGACUAGGGAGGAUCCUCAGUGCCACCAUGUCGAAAGACAGACGGAAGAAUGAGUACGACUACCGCAGAUCCGAAUCGCCGGGCAGUCAACAGUCAAAUGAAAACUCAACGUCACUCGAUCGUAGAGAGGCGCACGAAGGUGAGCAAAGGCUGCGUAUCGAAAGUCGGAACGAUACAUAG